ACAAUACAGCGUGGAUUUUGACAAGGCGCUCUGGCUUCAGACAACAUGAGCAGAACACCUUUUACCUCCCCGUCCUGAUCAGUGACAACGGCCGCCCUGUGCUGAGCAGCACGGGCACGCUCACGGUGCAUGUGUGCAGCUGCGAUGAUGAUGGCAUGGUGAUGUCUUGCAACGCAGAGGCCUAUGUCCUCCCCGCCAGCUUGAGCAGAGGGGCACUCAUUGCAAUCCUCGCCUGCAUCUUUGUCCUGCUAGUGCUGGUGCUCCUCAUCCUCUCCAUGCGGCGCCAGCGGAAGCAGCCGUACAUCAUCGACGAGGAGGAGAACAUCCACGAGAACAUCGUCAGGUACGAUGACGAGGGUGGUGGGGAGGAGGACACGGAGGCCUUCGAUAUCGCUGCCAUGUGGAACCCGCGGGAGGCCCAGCUGGUGGUGAAAAACCGGCAGGACAUGCUCCCUGAAAUAGAGAGCCUCUCCCGAUACGUGCCUCAGGCAUGCAUCAUGGACAACAACGUCCACAACUACGUACUCGCCAAGCUGUACGAAGCUGACAUGGACCUGUGGGCACCUCCCUUCGACUCCCUGCAGACGUACAUGUUUGAAGGGAACGGCUCGGUGGCGGAGUCGCUCAGCUCCCUACAGUCAGUGACAACAGACUCAGACCAGAGCUACGACUACCUGACGGACUGGGGGCCGCGCUUCAAAAAGCUGGCCGAGAUGUACGGAGCCACGGACAGCAGCGGGGCUCUGUGGUAACGCAUGAGGAACAGCAGAGGGGUUUCCAUGUGAAACAGUGCCCGGUUAGGUCCAUUCUCAUCAGAUGCUUCCAUGGAUAUGGGUGAGGCCUCCUAAAAAAUAGCAAUACGGUGCUUGAGUGAGAAUGGGAAGAAGGGUGCGAAUGAAGGUGUCUCUGGAUCAGCUUUACUCAGUUAAAUUAAGUCACGUUUUUGAAACAGUGAGAAGCAGAAGGAACAAAGGUUUUUCCUGGUUUUUACAGCAAAACUGGAAAGCUCCACACCUGGAAUAUAAAGACAUUUCUCUCUCUCUCUCUCCCCCUUUCUCUCUCGCUCGUACACGGCAGCUUACUGAGCUCUAUACGUCUGGGUUCAAAGAUCUGUAAACUCCAACUGUAAUCUCUGACUCACUGAGAAAUAGCCAGCACAGAAAGUUGUUCCCCACCAGUUAUUUCUCCCCCCAUUAAAAGGGGGGAAAAAAAUUGCUUGCUAACAAGAGGAAAAAAAAUGCCACAAAACAGAAAAUUGAAAUCUCAGAGGGCUCUUUGUAAACUAAACCUCCUCUCUCUGUUGCUAACAGAGUCCUUUUUUAAUCCUUUAGAAACAAAGCUGAGGUUUUUUUCCACCUGGCCAAGAGGGCUGGGGAAGAGGCUUUGAAUUUCUGCUCUAGUUUAAUGGCUGAUCUGUGAUUCAUUGGCGUUAACACUAAUCCAUCUUCUAUCAAGUUUGUGUAAAUUUAUUCUUGGCUCUUUAAAACCAUGACUCUGCUAAACUGCUCAGAACAAAACCAGAAAAUCUGCCUCUUUUGCACUGUAGAUGUCUCUUCCAUGUGCCAAAUGAGAAGAUUAGAUUCUACCAAUGAAAGCCAAAUAAAUUUUAAAAAAAGAAAAAGCUAUAUUUGGUAACUACAUGGGUUAGAUGGGCUUUCCUAAUCUGUGUGAGGUCAAUCCAAGGGGUGUUUACAUACUGUAGAUAACCUACUUGAACAAAUGCAGUAUUAUAGACCAAUAAAUGGAUGUAAGAAAAUUACAUGUAUAAGUUUUGUAUAUUUGUUAAUUUUGGUAAUAAAUAUGAUGUACUGC